AUGGCCGACUUUGGUCCUCGCGCCCCCCAUGGGCCCGAUAUGAGCGGCACACACAAUCCGCUGGAGGAUAUGGACAUGAAUGAGAAGGGUGCCUUCGACCGUCUCAUCCGCCCCGAUGACAGCUACACCCUGGACGGCGUGUACUGGGCCGAUCUGCCUCUGGCCCAGAAGGUCAAGUUCGUCAGCUCGUACGAUGCCCAGGAGACAAAGCGCGAGCUCAGCGGCAUCUGGUCCAUGAUCAAGGAGGACCCUCUGUCUCCCAUCUCCUACUACUUCCGCAACAUGGUUCUCCCCGGUGCUGGUCUCGGUCUCGAGGGUUAUGUGCUGUUCUCCAUUGGCAACAUCAAGCCCCUCUUCCAGAAAACUUUCCCGGAGUGCUGGGACACCCACGAGAUCUGUGAUAAGCAGUGGCUGAACGCCGUCGAUUACCUGGAAAUUAUCGGUAUUAUUGUGGGCCAGAUUCUGGUUGGUGUCGUUGGUGACUGGAUUGGCCGUCGCUGGGGUCUGAUUCAGGAUGCUACAAUCAUGUUUAUUGGUCUGAUCAUGCUGACUGCCGCCUGGGGUGUGACCCAGAAUGGUUGGGUCAUUUGCUACGCCUGGUCUCUGUUCUUCUACUCUGUUGGUGUUGGUGGUGAGUACCCUAUGACCGCCACCUCUGGUAUGGAGAACGCCGUCGGCUCUGGUAAGAUCUCCACCAAGGAGGAUCGUCUGCACCGUGGUCGCAAGGUCACUAGUGCCUUCUUGAUGCAGGGCUGGGGUCAAUUCUUCAACCAGGUGCUGCUCAUUCUCCUGCUGCUUAUCUUUCACCACGGCAGCGGUAACGACCCCUACUCGACCGUCUCGGCCCAGUGGACCUACCGUGUCUCCUUCGCAAUCCCUGCUGUCGGUACUCUGUGGCUUGUCUACUACCGUGCGUACCACAUGAAGGCCGCUAGCAAGCAGCUGGCUGCCGCUAAGAAGAAGGCAUCUGUCACCGGCUACGAUGUCGAGUCUCUGCGUCUUACCUUCAAGUACUUCGGCCCCCGCCUGAUCGCUACCGCUGGUGCGUGGUUCGCCAACGAUGUCUUCUUUUACGGAAACAAGCUUUUCCAGAGUGAAUUCAUUGCUGUCAUCAGCCCAGCCACCAGUUCGAUUAUGCCUACCUGGCUGUGGAACCUGGUUAACGUCGGUGUCUCCCUCGUCGGCUACUACCUGGCUUCGUUCCUUGUGGACAACAAGCUCUAUGGUCGCAAGUGGAUGCAGACUGUGGGUUUCCUCGUGAUGUUCGUUCUCUUUGUGGUGCCUGGUUUCCACUACAAGUACUACACCUCUGCGGAACACAUCCAUGAGUUCCAGGCUAUGUACUUCCUCAGCUCUUUCUUCAACCAGUUUGGACCCAACUGUGUGACCUUCCUGGUCGCUGCCGAGGUCUUCCCCACUCCCAUCCGUGCCACCGCUCACGGUAUCUCCGCUGCCGCUGGUAAGGCUGGUGCUCUGCUGGCCUCCGUUCUCUACAACUACAUCGAUACCCAGACCAAGUUCUACGUCGUUCCCUGGUUUGGUCUCGCCGGUGUUGUCGUGACCCUGGCCUUCCUUCCCGAUACCACCGGUCUCGAUCUGAAGGAGCAGGAGCGCCGCUGGCAGUGUAUCCGUGAGAACCGCGAGGAGGACUACCACGGCCCUGCCGUGCACCCCAAGCACCUGUCCUGGUGGGAACGCUUUGUUCUGCGCAAGGGCCGCUUCUACGAUGCCGAGCUUGAUUACAAGCAGAAGGUCGAGGAGUACCGUGCUGAGUGGGAGGCCCUUAUGGCUCAGAAGGCUUCUGAGAAGGAGCGUGGUGAUGAGAUCUUCGACACUGAUGAUACCCUCCUUGAGGGCCACGUCCACACCUAUUUCCACCGCACCAGCCCCAUGUUCAAGGGCAUGGAGUCCGCACCCGGCAAGCAGGACACUUUCCAGCUGCCCCCAGCCGCUGAGGCUGGCUCUGAGGAGACCUUCUCGCAGGAGAAGACCUCGGAAUAA